AUGGGCUACUCCACAACAUCAUGGCUCGUGCCGUAUUCCGUCGUCGUGAGUAGGGAGGAGCGACGAUCUGUACGCUGCAACCGCUCUGACGCCACUGUGUUUGCUCAUCGUCGUCGUCGUCGUCGUCGUCGUCGUCUCAGUCGAUCGGGCUCGUCGCUGGCCUGUACAUCCUCUUUACAGGAUCAGGUGAGCGGUGUACUGGGUGUCUCACGUCUCGAGGUUCACCGACUGAUCUUAGCUGGCUGUCAACUAUAGGUGAACAGUUCAACCCGGGGGCGUUUCUCGAACAGACGUCGCCCUACGCCUGGGCCCUGCUCGGCAUCGGAUUGAACCUCGGUCUGUCCGUCGUCGGAGCAGGAUGGUCAGUUUGCCCCGAUGUAUCGUACGAAGCGUGCAACGCCGGCUGAAGCUCUUUUCCGAUCGACAUCGCUGGCUCCGCACUGUGCGCCACAGGGGAAUCUGGAUCACGGGCUCGACCAUCAUCGGUGCCGGAGUACGAGCACCCCGGAUCACCAGCAAGAACCUGAUCUCGCAAGUCCUUCCGCAUUACAACUCGUCGCUGUCGAUGUCGAUCGCAUGCGGUCGGCUUGCUGUGCAAGAGCGCUACAUCGCUGGACAGUCGUUUUGUCCAAGCCGAUGCGGACGCUCGAGCUGGCAGCGCCGAUCAGUAUACCAGAGCUGACACGGGGAACACUCCACGCCCGACGUUUACAACAGAGUCAUCUUCUGUGAAGUGGCAGGCGUCUAUGGUAGGCCCCAGUUGCGCUCUCCUCUAUUCGGGCUCGUCGUCCAAACCGGCCGCGAUCCCAAGUGUUGAACGCAGGAUAGAAUUUGGAACUGACUGUGCACAUUCUUUCAUACAAUAUAGGCGUCAUUGGAUGUGGGUCAUGCAUCUCCUGCGAAUCGAGCUCGCCUUCAUGUUGCAAGGCCAAGCGCGUGCUGACCUGCGCUCCCAUAUCCUCUGUAGCGAUCGUCUUCUCCGCCAAGCUCGCGUCUUCCCCGACGCAAAUAACACUCUACACGGCUGGAAACUACUACACGGGCUUUGCCUUAUUCUGGGGUGGUGUGACGAUGGGCAUGUGCAACCUGCUCUGUGGUAUCGCCGUCGGGAUCUCGGGAAGUAACGCCGCGUUGGGUGAUGCCGCCGAUCCUUGUGCGUUCGCCUCGUGCACCUGUUAGAGUCAGGCCGAGCAAGGGAGCUAAGGGUGCUGAUGAGAUGUUUGGUUGGCGUCGAUGUAGCUCUGUUCGUCAAGAUCCUCGUCAUCGAGGUCUUUUCGUCGAUUCUGGGUCUGUUCGGUCUGAUCGUUGGGCUGCUCGUCGUACGUGCUUUCUUCUUGAUCUUCCCCUUCAUUGAACGGGUUCGAACUGAUGCAUGGCCCAUCCACACACUUGAUUCUGUUCAGAGCGGGAAAGCUGCCGAGUUCGUCUAA